GUGAUUUGCCUGCUUAAUGCUAUAGGAUGGAAAAAAUAAUGCCUGUGACCGACCGACCGUUUCAAUGUUUUGUUUGCGAGACCUUUCUUAAAAAUAAAUUGAAGUAAAUGUUCGGACUGAAAAAACUUGAUUCGUUUUACUGAUGAUUGGAUAAUUUAUCGAAAUGGAUAAAUCAAGGUUUUCAAUGUUGCUCUUGGAGCCUGGGGAGAUAUAUUUUGAAGAUUACUCUUGCACCAUGAGUGACAAGGAAUCGUUAGUCGAGGGGAAAGCUCGACAAGGCCGCCUCAAACUUUGCUCCAAAUCGCUGGUUUUCGAGCCACGAGACUGGGCAUGCCCACUGAUCAAAUUGCACUUCAAGGACUGUACCACUAUAUCCGUUGUGAAACCGCGAAGUUUUUGUCAAUCCAGCAGUCAGGUUAUUAAGGUGAAAACAAAGCAAUACGCAGAGAUGUUGGAGGAGAAUAUUUUGGCGCCUUACAAGUUUAUAUAUCAAGAGAGGGAGUUUUAUGUUUGCUUUGAUUUUGCAUCAGCUGAGGAGUGUUUGGGCCCAAUGCAACAGUUGCAAAGAGCUUCUACAUUGCAUGCUCCUGAACAUAAUAGUAUGGUGGCCACCAUAUUAUACUCUAGAUAUAAGAGGAUGGUAUUUGAUCGUGUGAUGAUGGACGACUUCACUGAGGAGAUAGUGUGUGAGCUGCAGGCUGAGAAAAUAUCUCCGCUUGUAAGGCAUCAGGGAAAACUGGCACUUACCCAUACCACACUAUAUUUCCAACCAUUCAGUAAUGUUGAAGGUAGUUCAAUAUUGAAGCUGAAACUUAGCCAACUAAGAAGGAUAUACAAAAGAAGAUUUUUGCUAAGGCAAGUUGGCCUUGAGAUCUACAGCACAGAAGAGAGUACAGUACCUCAUAUAUACUUGACAUUCCAAUGUGAGGAGGAUAGGGAUAAAACCUAUAGAAUAUUGGAGGAAUCACCAAAUGUUCAGCUUCAAAAAGUACAUGCUGAAGAGAUGACACUGCAAUGGCAAAAUGGAGUUGUAUCUAAUUAUGAUUAUUUGAUAUAUCUCAACUGCCUGGCAGACAGAAGCAAAAAUGAUCUCACGCAAUAUCCCGUGUUCCCGUGGGUAGUGGCUGACUACACAUCUGACAAAUUGGAUUUGAGUAACACCGAUACCUUUAGAGAUUUAUCCAAGCCAAUGGGAGCUUUAAAUCCUGAUAGGCUAGAGAAACUGAAGGAGAGGUAUCACGAAAUGAAUGACAUCAAAUUUUUGUACGGAUCGCAUUAUUCUGCACCUGGUUUGGUACUGUUUUAUCUGGUUCGGAAAUAUCCUCAAUAUCUGUUGUGUUUACUAAACGGAAGGUUUGAUCAUCCAGAUAGAAUGUUUAAUUCGAUCAAAGAUGUUUACAAUAAUUGCUUAAAAAAUAUGUCAGAUUUUAAGGAACUGGUUCCAGAAUUUUACGAUACAGAGACAAAAGGUGAUUUCUUAGUAAACAAAUACGAAAUAAAUUUUGGUGAACGUCAUGACGGUACGAAAGUGAACAAUGUGGCACUGCCACCGUGGGCUAAUUCACCUGAAGACUUCGUACUCAAGCUUAGGGAGGCUUUAGAGUCGGAAUAUGUUUCUCGACAUUUGCAUUUGUGGAUAGACCUUAUUUUUGGAUACAAACAAAGAGGCGAAGAAGCAGUUAAAGCUAACAAUGUAUUUCACCACGUGUGCUACGAGGGCUCGGUCGAUCUAGAGCUUAUAUCCGACAUGAACGACAGGCACGCAUUAGAAGUGCAAAUAAUGGAAUUUGGCCAAGUGCCAAAGCAGCUUUUCACCAAGCCGCACGUUAGAAAAAUCGCACAUCACAUUCCCCGGCCUACGUCCAAUUUAGAAGACCCGUUGCUGUACAAAUUAGAAUGCAUAGAUACAAUAUGUUUACAUAAAGAUGCCGUGACCUGCGUUUUGCGACAAGGAGAUAAAAUUAUUUCCGUAGGCAAGGAUGGGAUGUUGAAAGUAUACGAUGCAGAGCAGAGAAAGCAAAUACGGAGCAUCAUAUUGUGCGAUACGCCUCUCAGUUCUUGCGUAAUGGUCGAUGAAAAUAUUGUUGCCGCUGGUUCUUGGGGCAACGAAAUACACCUCUAUGAUGUAGAGUACGGGAAAAUAGUGGAAAGCUUCCGAGCUCACGAUGAUUCUGUCAGUUGUUUGUUAUGGCUUCAAAAAGAACGGUUGUUGAUAUCUGGCGGUUGGGACGGCGUGGUACGUGUGUGGGGUAACGUGGGCCGCACUGGCCAGGCUCUUCGAGGCCUUAAGGCGGAAUUCGAUCAUGAUGGAAAUAUCACCGCCGUUAACUACAGACGUCGUCGCCACGAGAUAGAUGUAAUAACGGGCACAUCAGACGGCGAAGUGUUCUUCUGGGACUUUACCACCAGAGAUUUGAUGAACAAAGUAUGUGUUCACUCGUCACCGUUAUGCGGCGUGGGAUUUGUGCUGUCGGGAGACCGCGUGGCCACCAUCAGUGAGGAUGGCAACAUGAUUGUUACUGAUCUUAGCGUAUUGCAUUCGGUGUAUCAAAAGCAGUUAUUAGAACCAGCGGCCUCGCUGUGUUGGGACGGGCACAGCUUGUUGUGGCUCGGCGGCAGUAAGGGCACUCUACUGCAAUGGAACAUGGUCACAGUCACGCAGGUCGGGCAGGAAGACGCACAUAAAGAUCUAAUCCAUAGUAUUUACUUCGAUGAGGCAUCGAAUACGUUAGUGACGGCGAGCAAGGACAAAUCCAUGAAGAUCUGGAAACUGGUACACAAAUCCUGACAAAAGUAUUCCUUAUGUACAGUAUUAUUUUUACUAAUCCUAUCAAUUUGUAAAAGGGAAUUACCGUGCCUACUUUAUUUUUAAGGUAUUUUUGUGAUAUACAAUCCGUA